AUGAAGGUCUGUCUCUUGGUCCUGUUUGCUCUGGUGGCUGUUGCCUUGGCUGCUGAUGAUGAAGUUGAGGUGAUGAAGAGGGUCGUGGCUGUCCAGAAAUUCUUCAAAGAGGAUCCCCUGGGCGUGAAGAUUGGUGAGCAAAUGGUGGACUUGUUGGAGAUCCUGAAACAAGGCAAGUGCACAUGCUUCCUUACUAAUAAUUACUAG